ACUGGCGUCACGGAAAGGAUGCAAGCUCCGUUAUUGAUUCGGCCCAUGCUGGAGUCCGUUUUCUUUUCAUGACAUCGGGAUAAUCCCAAAUUCAAACCGUUCCCAUCACCGUAAAAUCCGAAGUCUGCAGCAUGGAGACGAUUUUAGCAUGUGGUCAGAAUUGGUUCCACCAGCUAGACGAUUCACCUUCGACUUUCAUUACACAUUUCAAACCCCUUUCCAAUCUACCGAUAUCAGGGAGUUCCACUGUUCGGGUGCUCCACGCUGGAUGGUCUUCAAGUGUCUUCGCUGUCGAUGGCCUCAAUUCGAAAGUACCACUAAAGGUCUGCCGUGGAAAAGUCCCUCUUCCUGAUGUAUCACACAAUGGCCCUAUUUCAUCCAUCACUCCAGAAUCGCACAGAUUCCGACGCUCUCAAUCGAUGUCGUUGCAAUGCAUUGACUGUGGUCUGGCAGGAGACAAUAGUACUUCGGCAAAUUUAUUUCAAGCCGCUUUACAAGGGGCCUUCGGUCAAUCCGAUCUUCCAGCUGAUAUAGACUCUGACCACGUGUUUCAUAUGGCAUGCACUGCGGCGAAUCGGGUUGCCAUCCUCACGCAUCAGUCUCACGGCCGUUUGAUUGUUCUCGAGUAUGAAGUUGGGGUAUCUGUAGGCAAUGGAUCAAGCUGUUCCACAACUUUCCAGAAGGUCCUAGCAACAGAAGUACAAGGCGAAAAAGCAUAUCUCUACUCUGGAAACACCUUCUUUCUACUUGGUGUGAAUAAUUCCCAGGUCUACUCAUGGGGAGAUGCACGAUUUCGAAAAUGUUUGGGAAGAGACAUUUCCAGUGCCGCAGCGGACAAGUUGGGGCCAGUCCCUCUGCCAUUCACGCCGAAGAAAUUCUCUGUAGGUGGCUACGUUGCUGCAGCUUUAUCCCAAGGUGGCAGAUUGAUUAUUUGGGGUCAACCAAGGCCUGGACACGAAACUGCGGGUCUGCCUGGAGUCGAGGGCGAUGCAGAAGAUUUUGCAGAUGUAUCUAUGCCCGGAAACGCACUUGUCGAAGAUUUCGAUAUUGGAAAUGAUCAUCUAGCGGUCCUGACGAGAGACGGUCGCGUCUUCACUGCAGGAGCAGGGGAAUGUGGUCAGCUUGGAAUCGGAGCACAACUCGAUUGGCAGCAGUCUCUGGUUGAGGUUUCCGAGCUCUCGACUAAACGUAUACGGGAAGUGCGUUGUGGGUAUGCUUCGACAUUUGCAAUCUCGAAACUUGAACAAUGUGCGGAACAAUUCUGAGCAAGAGACGGAUAUUUUUUGUCAAUCUGUACCCCAUCUGCGAAAGGUCAAGUCUUUCUGGCCCACUCUUCAAUAUACCCGAUGAUUGCAGCUAUAUCCCUCCCACCAUAUGUACCUAAUCCAAGAAUGCACAUCGAAUUA